GUAGAUUGGUUAUAAGGCGGUGGAAAGCUGUUAGAAGACACAAUGCGAGGGCCAGAAUUGCUGUUUGGUGCGCUUAUUGGGGCUCUCGUGGCUCUUUGUGUGCAUUUUUCGAGACAGAGGCAGCUGACUUAUGAAAAUGAACCCACAAAUUCUGGAAAUAGUGGCCCUGGCCGUUCAUGGACACACUCACAGACAGAACAGAAAGGAAGAAGAAACAGCAUUGAUGAAUGUAUAAUCUGUCUGCAAGCAGUGGACGCAAACUCUACAACCUCCAGACAACUACGAUGUGGUCACAUUUUUCAUUAUAAAUGCUUGGUCAAUUGGUUAAAGGAGAAGAAAGAGUGCCCUUUAUGCAGGAAACCAGCAACUCAAUAACUUUGUUGUACUUACAUGGUUUGAAGCAUUGACUGCUGUGAUAUUUAGUAAAUUUUAAAGACUGGACUGUGAUAAUUAUGUAAUGUAG